AUGUCAACUUCUGCAUCAAAACGUCGCCAUUCGCUCGGAACUCCAUUAAGAAACCUCAGAGAAACGAAUGCUCCUUUAAACGACGACGCCUCAGAGCUCAGAACGCGUAGAAAAUCUUUAGCAGACUCAAUGCGAAGAAAAUCCUUAAAUGUUUCUGGAGGUAAUAGCGCUCCUGUUAGAGCCGGUAGUUCGGGUAGUCAAAACGCGUCAACUCCAAGCCAAAGAAACUCGAUUAAACCUUUGGAAGUAGUCACUCCUGUUCAAAAGAUACCAGAUGAACAAAUGCAUAUUAAUUUUGAAGAAUGGAUGAAAAUGGCGACCGAUAAC